AGACAUAAUGCAGUCACAGGACAAGCGGCAUAAACAGGUGGACUUGGGUUCUUUAGACCCCUCGGCCAGAGUCAAACAGCUAGCUAACUACGGAGCUAUGGUUGAGGUAGACCCGAAUGUGCCGCCGAGGAGAUACUACCGAUCAGGCCUAGAAAUGGUUAGAAUGGCAAAUGUAUAUCUAGCAGAAGGCAGUCUCGAGAAUGCAUACAUAUUAUACAUGAAGUUCAUGACGCUCUUCCUUGAGAAGAUGCGUAAGCACCCGGAGUAUGCCUCAGUGCCAGCACAGGUGAAGAGUGUGAACCAGGCCAAGCUGAAGGAGGUGAUGCCUAAAGCGGAGAAGCUUAAACAGAAACUGCUCGAGCAGUUUGCUAAAGAGCAUAAACUGUAUCAGGAGAAUGAGGUGAAGAGACGUUUGGCAGAGGAGCAGAGAAAGAAGCAAGAGCAAGAUGACGCCAAGUUAGCAGAGCGACUGCAAGCCGACGAGGACGGACGGGAUCACCCACAUUUGAAGGACGCGGACAAAUGGGCCGUGUCGCCAUCAGCGCCACCUGUGGACGGAGUGCUGUACCCGGAUGACUUCGCGAACACACCGCCUCGGGCGCCCCCGCACCACUACACGCCCGUGCCGCCACUCAUCCCGCCUUCGCACCAAGACAGCACAACAACAGGUCUGGUCCCAGGUCUAUGGGGCUUACGCGCCGUGGUGGUACCAGCGGGUCUGAUGACCCAGUUCCUCCGGCUUGCCCAGCCCAACACACGCCGAGACAUUGAAACGUGCGGGAUUCUCGCCGGGAAACUGGAACGCGACCAGCUGAAGAUCACCCACGUGAUUAUCCCUCAGCAGACCGGCACCGCGGACUCGUGCAGUACUAAUAAUGAGGAGGACAUUUUCCUGUACCAGGACCAGAAUAAUCUCAUCACGCUUGGUUGGAUACACACGCACCCGACGCAGACGGCGUUCCUGUCAUCCGUGGACCUUCACACGCAGUGCUCCUACCAGCUCAUGAUGCCCGAGGCCAUAGCGAUCGUCUGUGCGCCCAAAUACAACGAGACUGGAUUCUUCGCGCUAACGCCAGACCACGGCAUGCAGUACAUCACAAACUGCCGGCAGACGGGCUUCCAUCCACACGUUGAGGACCCGCCACUCUUCUACACGGUAGAUCACAUUCGCAUCGACCAGUCAGCCACCGUCGAGAUGGUGGAUCUCCGGAGAUGAACGCACUGAAACUUAGCGUUAUGUACCUGUAUAACAAACAUGAUUAUAAAGCUAUUUAUAAAAAUGGAUCUAAAACCUUUUGUUUGACACGCGAGCUUCCUUUUGCACUUUAGUUAAGGGUGCCAUAUUAAAUAGAUUAUGUAUAGGUAUAUUUAUUAUUAUUUUUGUAUUUGCAACGCAAUACUGAUUUAUUUAAAACCACUAUAACAUAAUACAUUGUAUUAUUCUAAGCUAUAGAUUACCAAGGUAACACACACUCACUGAAUUUUUCCCCUGCAGUAAAAACUCUGAAAUUGCUAAAAAUA